CCAAGUCUAUUUAUAUAAAUGUGUCACACUAAACUUCCUGUAACUUUUGCAAGUUUUGGUGUGCGAAUUCACACAUCGAUUGGAUGUGUAUUUACUUGUGUAUUGGAAGUGUAAAUACGUGAUGGAUAGAGGACAUCCCAUCCCGGCCUUUGAAGAAGACGAGAGAUUCGGAAAAUAUCACACUAGAAGUCCAGACAAUGUGUUCGUUGAGACAACAUUUGGUGCAAACAACUCCAUUGCCCCCAUAACUAGAGUGACCUCUUUUGGUGAGGACGUUGACAGUGCGAUAUCCUCUACAGCCGCCUCCACUGGCACAUGUAACACGAUCCUCAGUCAUGGAGGAAGUACAGACUCCAGCGCGUUGUCCGAGAACUGGCAGUUGCUUGGGGUGCCUCCAGCCAAUGAGAGCAGACUUUCCCAGACAUCUAUGCUAGGUGAUGAGGAGGAGGAAAUCAUUGUGUUUGUGGAGCUACCUAACAAGAAGCUGUUGUGUCGCCUGUGUGGGAAAGUCUACAAGGACCCUGUGAUUGUCACCUGUGGGCAUACCUACUGCAGGCGUUGUGUGAACCACAAAGGGGACGAGACGUGUCCUGUAGACGGGCACAUGCUCGGAGUGGUUGUAGCGAAUAUAGCUGUGUCCGAGCAGAUUGGCGACAUGUUGAUACACUGCAAAUAUGGAUGCCGUCUGUCGGAGGACGGACAGACCUACACGAAGGACGAGGCAUGCUGUCCUGUCACAGUGAAGAUUGCAAACAGGAGAGACCAUGAGGAUGAGUGUGAUUACAUGCCAGUCGAGUGCCCAAACAAUGCUGGAUGUCCCACUCUGCUGAAAAAGGAUAUGGAAGACCACAUGAGACAUUGCAGUAAUGUCAGAUGUCCACAUGUCAAAUACAGCUGUGAUUUUACGGGCACACAGGAAGAGCUAGAUGAGCAUCUGAAGACGUGUAAGUUCGAGAGCAUGAAGGAGUUCCUCCAGCGCACAGACGAGCGAAUCAGCGACCUGCAGUACACUCUGAGUUCUAAGGACCAGGAGAUCUCCUUCCUGAGAUCCAUGCUCGGGAAACUCUCUGAGAAAGUUGAGGCACUUGAGAAAUUCACUGACGUGAAAGUCCAGCUGUUGGAGCACAGUCAGAGCAAGGUGCACCGAGAGAUCAGUGAGUCCAGGAGGGAGUACGCUGUAAUAGCAGACGAACUAUCACAUAUCAACAACUAUCUGAACAUCGGAAAUAUCUCCAUGGGGGCCUACGAUCCACAGCAGAUGUUCAAGUGUAGAGGGACCUUUGUAGGUCAUCAGGGCCCUGUGUGGUGCCUGUGUGUAUUUGGUGACUUCCUCUUCAGUGGUUCCUCUGACAAGACCAUAAAGGUCUGGGACACGGGCAGCACAUACAAGUGUAUGAAGACCCUGGAGGGCCACACAGGGAUCGUCCUUGCGCUGUGUACGUACGGGAACAAGCUGUUUUCCGGCUCCCAGGACUGCAACGUCAUCAUCUGGAACAUCGACAAUGACUUUGCCAAGCUGAAAGUGAUUGAGGCCCACGAGAAUCCAGUGUGCACGCUUGCUUCUGCACGCAACAUGCUGUUCAGUGGCUCCUUGAAGGUCAUCAAGAUCUGGGAUGUGCACACUCAUGAGUUGAAGCGGGAACUGACAGGACUCAACCACUGGGUGCGAGCCCUGGUUGCUACAGGCAACCUCCUUUACAGUGGCUCAUAUCAGACCAUCAAGAUCUGGGAUGUUUUGACCCUAGAGUGUGUUAGACAGCUAGAGACAUCAGGAGGCAGUGUGUACAGCAUAGCCAUAACUAACCAUCAUAUACUGUGUGGAACGUACGAAAAUGUCAUCCAUGUUUGGGAGAUAGAGGGUUACCAGCAGGUGAGCACACUGCGGGGUCACUCUGGCACGGUGUAUGCCCUGGCCGCGUGUAACACCCCCGCCGGGACACGCGUGUUCAGUGCCUCCUAUGACAGAUCACUAAGGGUAUGGAGCAUGGACAACAUGAUCUGCUCUCAGACUCUGGUGAGACAUCAGGGAAGUGUUGCCAGCCUUGCUGUGUCCAGGGGGAGGAUCUUCUCAGGGGCCGUAGACAACACGGUCAAGGUAUGGCAGGCGUAGUUCCUGUGCAAUAUUACAUCACUAGAGCUCUUAUCUACGUACCAGAAUGUGUUCUACCAUGCUGCCUCGCAAAGAAUCACCAAACAGGAAGCCAUGUUCACCCACUGUGACCUGACUAGCUAUGGCACUUGGAAAUCCUGUUCACCAACACUGCCCUGACUAGCUAUGGCACAUGGAAAUCCUGUUAAUGAACACUGACCUGACUAGCUAUGGCACUAGGAAAUCUUGUCAAACCACUAUGACCUGACUAGCUAUGGCACUGGAGAAUCAUGUAAACCCACAGCGACCUGACUAGCUAUGUCACUGGGAAAUCAUGUUGAUCCACGGUGACCUGACUAGCUAUGGCACUUGGAAAACCAUGUUCACCCACCGUGACCUGACUAGCUAUGGCACCUGGAAACCAUGUUCACCCACCGUGACCUGACUACCUUUGGCACCUGGAAACCAUGUUCACCCACCGUGACCUGACUAGCUAUGGCACCUGGAAACCAUGUUCACCCACCGUGACCUGACUAACUAUGGCACCUGGAAACCAUGUUCACCCACCGUGACCUGACUAGCUAUGGCAGUGGGAAAUCAUGUUAACCUACAGGCACCUGACUAGCUACAGUACAGGGAAACAACUGGGACAGGGUUUUAACCGCUGUUACCUAACUAACAGUGUCUCCUUUGUCAAUAACAUCCCAUAGAUUUGUUUGUGAAAAGGAAUUUUUGGUUAUGCUGUGUUCUGUGAUAGAUGAAUUGUUAGUGAAAAAGUGAUCUUUGAACAACAAAGUUAGCAUAUUGUAUUUACCAUGAAAUACUGGGAUAUGGUCGGCUUUACGCCAAUAUGUUAUCAGAAUAUUUUUGUUGAUUACCAACACUCAAGACUCUGAUGUGUUACGUGGUAUAAGAGCAUGUGUUUGUUGACCUUGAAAGUUGCAGAAAUUUGGUCCGAUACUUUCAAUUAUAUACAAAGAGAAGAAAGAAGAAGUGAAUGUUAGCAUGAUGAUAGAGCUACUUCCAGUGUCUUCACAAUCAACAGCUGCAAUUUAAUUAAGCAUCACUCUUCCAAAACAGGACUAAAUGCAUGUGUAUAAAGCAUCGUCCAAUAUUAGCCUGGAAGUAUUCCAUGAGGCGAAAAAUUCCAUAAAAGCGGAAGGUGUUGUCCCUGAUAGGCCUGUGAAGACUAAUUUAUGCACAUGCAUUAAGCCAUGUUUUCACAGAGAGCGGCGUAAUUAAAUUCAAAUUUAAAAGUGGAAGGCUCUGCAUGAAUUUUAUAUAUCUAAUACAGAAAUGUAGAUGUUAGCCGAUAUAAUAGUUUCUGUGAUCAGGUAUGAGAUAUUGGAUAUGUAAGGUGUUUUUCAAACAAACAUUCGUCCGGUAUACAUUAAAUGUGCUUAUUAUGUCCCCCAUAACAAAGUAGAGUACAGUUGGCUGGAUUCAUCUUCAUCAUGGCCAUCUGUCUGUCAAUACACACAUGUCUGACAAGUACUCCUUUACCAAUAUACAACAUUCAAGCUUGCCUGCAUUCUUCCA